AUGGACAUGCUACCGGCGUCGCUCUGGCACCGGGUGUUCCGCUGCCUGCUGCUACCGCCCGGCUCCUCGCACCCCGAGAACCCCCUCGUGCAGGGCAGACAAAAGACGCCCUGGUAUCUCACCGCCACAACACAGCCCCCAGCGGGCAGAAUCCUGCCCGUGAAAUUUGUGGACCCUGACUUCACGGCAGUCGGGCAGCACCGGAAGAAUGCGAAGAGUUACGGCAGCGGGUGGGCGCUGCUGUGCUGCGCCAUGGCCAGCAAGAGGCUCCUCACGCUCGUCCUCUCCUUCUCCGCCCAGCACCCCAUCUCCUUGGUAUACAACGACCUACACCCGCAGUGUGAGAGGAGCGUUGCCUUCUUCCUGCGCUGGCGCGGCCUCAGGUCCCUCGCCCUCACCUACACGCACAUCAUGCAGCUCCACACGCUCUGCUCGCAGGCCGAGUGCCUCAAGCUGCGCGGCUGUGUGGACUCCGCCCAGCAGUUUGACACAGUGGAGCAGGGCGAUAGGGAUGAGGUGGAGCAGGGCGAUAGGGAUGAGGUGGAGCAGGGCGAUAGGGAUGAGGUGGAGCAGGGCGAUAGGGAUGAGGUGGAGCAGGGCGAUAGGGAUGAGGUGGAGCAGGGCGAUAGGGAUGAGGUGGAGCAGGGCGAUAGGGAUGAGGUGGAGCAGGGCGAUAGGGAUGAGGUGGAGCAGGGCGAUAGGGAUGAGGUGGAGCAGGGCGAUAGGGAUGAGGUGGAGCAGGGCGAUAGGGAUGAGGUGGAGCAGGGCGAUAGGGAUGAGGUGGAGCAGGGCGAUAGGGAUGAGGUGGAGCAGGGCGAUAGGGAUGAGGUGGAGCAGGGCGAUAGGGAUGAGGUGGAGCAGGGCGAUAGGGAUGAGGUGGAGCAGGGCGAUAGGGAUGAGGUGGAGCAGGGCGAUAGGGAUGAGGUGGAGCAGGGCGAUAGGGAUGAGGUGGAGCAGGGCGAUAGGGAUGAGGUGGAGCAGGGCGAUAGGGAUGAGGUGGAGGAGGGCUACUGGACGCACUACUUUGACUGCCCACGUCUGCAGCGGCUGAAGCUGGGCCGCGGCAAGGGGGUUCUACAAAACGGCUGGGCGGACGAGUUCAAGGCGCUGCGCAGCUUGACUCUCAAGCACGUGGACUGGAGCUACGUGGAUUUCAAGCAUCUCGCCACGAUCACGCCGCGGCUCACUGAAUUCACGCUUUACGAGCGCUGGAAUUUGGAUGAAGCAUCCUCCGGGCCUAGGAGUGAUGGCAGCAGCCGAUUCUGUUUCGACUGCUCAUCAGCUCGUGUUCUCCGCUUCUUCUUCGCACAGAGCAGCCUCACGCUCUUCCUCACCCUCUCCCGCUCGCUCAAGGCCUUAGCCAUGGCCAAACGCCUAGUCCUCUCCUGCAAGAGCACCCUUCCUCUCUAUCUCGACCACCUCUCACUCUACGGCCAGGAGCGGCUCAUCAUCUCCUCCCUCCCCGUCGCAUCGGCCCGAGUGGCCUACCUCAACGGCCCUCCUAGAGACUGGCACUCCCGCGAUGAUGCCAGCUCUCUCCACUGGGACACCCCUGCUCCGUCCCCUGACUGGCAGAACUCGCACCGCAGCAGCUCCCCUGAAUUCUCCUGGGUUGCAUGGCUGGGUGCUAUAGCGCGGACAGUGGAGGUGCUUAUAAAUGAGGAGCGGUUUGAGGUGGAUUGGGAGGUUGAGAAGUGUGAAGAUGAUGGUGAGAAGGAGGUCACAGUGGAGGAGUUUCAGGAGCGGAAUCAAACGCAGAGGAUUUUGCAGCAGCGGCGGCGGCAGCAGCGACAGCAGCAGCAGCCAUGGCGGCAACAGGCGGAGCAGGAGGAGGAGGAGGAGGAGGAGGGGGAGGAGGAGGAGGAGGGGGAGGAUGAGGAGCAGCAGCAAGCAGGAAAACCCCCAAUAAUCAGGGCUCCGAACUUGAAAGCGAUGUUCUUCCCCACCCGCACAUGCGAGCAGCACACCCUUGCUUCCCUGCGCGAAUCCUGUCCCUCCCUCGCCCUGUACUGCAUUGCAAGCCGUUCGUUCUACUGGGAAAAGAAGGGGAAGGAGUUGGCCGAGGUCCCUGUGGUUCAUGAGAGGAAGGGGAGGAGCGGCGUGUCGAGCAAUGGCUUUGGGGAGAAGCGGCUGAAAAAUGUGAGGGAGAAGAUGCAGAGUGUGAAUAGGGAGCUUGUUGAAGGGUACAGUGUUGAUAAAGAUGAGGCUUAUAUGUUGAAAUUUUAA